AGCGAGGGAACGCCCACAAAACGUCACAUCCGGUUCGCGCUGAGGGGGAAAACAAACCGGCUUCCACAAUGCCUAGGAGCUGCAGUGUGCCCUUUUGUACAACUAACAAGCUUAAAAAUCCAAAUCUAAAAUUUUAUAUUUUGCCCAACGGGAGCACAGAGCCCAGGAGAAGAACCCGGUGGCUUCAAGCGAUCCGUCGGGAGGAUGAGUUAGGUCACCUGUGGGAUCCAAAAUCCAAACAUGUGUACGUCUGUAGUCAGCACUUCAUUACAGGCUUAAAAAACGAGGACAUAGCCCACCCAGACUACACACCCUCGCUGUUCCCACAUAAAAAGACAAAGUCUCCCAGGUCAGUACUUCAGAGGCUGGAGAGAAGGAGGAAGCGUGAGGGUGUUCAGUCUGCCCAACCAGAAUCCCCAACAUCAGAGGGCCCAGCACCAGAAUCCCCAACAUCAGAAGCUCCCAUACCUCUUCAGGAGUUAGAGAGAAAACAACUUUAUGAAGAAUUGUAUAAUUUAAGAAGAGAAAGAGAUGAGGCCAUGAAGGAGCGAGCUGAAGCCAUCAGAUAAUUGGAGACGUUGAAAAUGUCGGUAAACACUGAGAGAAAAUGACACUAAAUGUAAAGUCAUGACAGGCCUGUCAUGGACAGUAUUUGACACUCUUCAUCAGUACCUGGUACAGUUUGUUAAGUCACAGAAAACAUCCAAGAUGUCAACACAAGACCAGCUCUUUAUUACUCUGGUGAAACUGCGGCAGAACCCCUCAACCGAUAUGAUGUGUGGAAUAUUUGACCUGGCACAUAGCACUUUCCUGGAUGUAUUCUCCCGAUGGUUGGAUUUGAUGUACGCCAACAUUUCUUUUUUGAUUAAAUGGCCUGAUGGAGAGUGUAUCAGAAGCACAGUACCAGCAGAGGUUCUCUUCCAGUACCCUAGAGUGACUGCAAUUAUCGACUGCUUUGAGAUCAGAAUUGAACACUCAAAGAAGCUGAAAACAAGAGCUAUCACCUACUCAAAAUACAAAAACUGGACAACAGUGAAGUAUUUCAUUGCAUGUCACCCAUCUGGCUCAAUCACAUAUCUCUCCAAAGGCUGGGGAGGGAGGGCUUCAGAUGUGCAUAUUGUAAGGAACUCAGACUUCUUAUCUCAGAAGUUCCACCAUGCAGGAGAUCAGAUUUUAGCCGACAGGGGCUUCACUUUGAAGGAUGACUUUGCUGUUCUGGGUGCACAGCUCAUCACACCGUCUUUCACGAGGGGCCGAAAACAACUGUCAGCCGAAGAUGUUGCAAAUUCUCGUGUGACUUCGAACAUCAGAAUUCACAUUGAGAGAGUCAUUGGUGCCCUGAAGAGCCGGUACCACAUUCUGGAUGGCCCACUUCCUCUGCGCCUGGUGAAGAGACUGCAGGGUGAGAGACAGAAGAGAGAAGAGGCCAUGAUUGAUAGGAUUGUGCAUGUCUGUGCAGCACUAAUGAACCUGUCUGGCAGUGUCAUGUACAACCGUUACAGAAUCUGAGAGUCCCUGAACUGAUCUCAGUGCUGCUCUGCUGCUGCACACCCUGUCACCCUGCCUCUGUUGCCUGACACUCUGCUUCUGUUGCCUGACGCUCUGCCUCUGAUGCCUGACGCUCUGCCUCUGUCGCCUGUCACCCUGCCUCUGUUGCCUGUCUGCCUCUGUUGCCUGUCUGCCUCUGUUGCCUGACACUCUGCCUCUGUUGCCUGAUGUUCUGCUGCCACUUGUGUUGCCUGAUGGGUCACUCCCUGUGCUGCUUUCGACUGGACUGUGUUCUGCCUACUUAGCAGAAACAUAUACAGUGCUUAUCAUAAAUGAGUACACCCCCUUUGAAAAUAACACAAGAACAAUUUGAUCAACAUCACAAUAUCAACAAUUAUUAUCUGAUUAGUAUCAAAGUCACAAGUAUAGACAAUAUUGUACAGCCCAUUAUUCAUUCUAUUUGUAGCCUAUGUAUGUUUUCAUGUUGUAAAUAAAUGUAUAGGCUUUGU